AACAUCCACACCACUUCUUCUACUUUUCUUCUUCUCCUCAUCGUCGUCUUCAGCCUUAGCGAGCUCUCGCCAUUGCCAAUUAUUCUCCAAAGGAGAGCUAGCACUUUAGUUAAGUACCGCCUGCGGCGAUAGAUGGCGAUCCCGGUGAUCGACUUCUCCAAGCUGGACGGCCCUGGGAGGGCUGAGACCAUGGCGGCCAUCGCCGCCGGGUUCGAGCACGUGGGGUUCUUCCAGCUGGUGAACACCGGCAUCCCCGACGAGCUGCUGGAGCGGGUGAAGAAGGUGUGCAGCGACUGCUACAAGCUGCGGGACGAGGCGUUCAAGGACUCCAACCCCACGGUGAAGGCGCUCGCCGAGCUCAUCGACAAGGAGAGCGAGGACGGCCUCCCCGCGAGGAAGAUCGUGGACAUGGACUGGGAGGACGUCUUCACCCUCCAUGACGACCUGCCAUGGCCUUCCAACCCUCCCGCCUUCAAGGAGACGAUGAUGGAGUACCGCAAGGAGCUGAAGAAGCUGGCGGAGAAGAUGCUGGGAGUGAUGGAGGAGCUGCUGGGGCUGGAGGAGGGCCACAUCAGGAAGGCCUUCACCAACGACGGCGAGUUCGAGCCCUUCUACGGCACCAAGGUCAGCCACUACCCGCCGUGCCCGCGGCCGGACCUCGUCGACGGCCUGCGUGCGCACACCGACGCUGGCGGCCUCAUCCUGCUGUUCCAGGACGAUCGCUUCGGCGGCCUGCAGGCGCAGCUUCCCGACGGCACCUGGGUCGACGUCCAGCCCCUCGAGAACGCCAUCGUCAUCAACACCGGCGACCAGAUCGAGGUGCUGAGCAAUGGCCGGUACAAGAGCGCGUGGCACCGCAUCCUGGCGACGCGCGACGGCAACCGCCGCUCCAUUGCCUCCUUCUACAACCCGGCGCGCCUCGCCACCAUCGCUCCGGCGAUCCCCGCUGCGGAUGCCGGUGGUGACAACUACCCGAGCUUCGUGUUCGGCGACUACAUGGAGGUGUACGUCAAGCAAAAGUUCCAGGCCAAGGCGCCCAGGUUCGCGGCCAUGGCGGCGGCGGCGGCGACGACGACCACCAAGUGACCAGCAGCAGCUAGCUAGCAGAGAGCUAGCUUGCGGCGCGUGCAGCGACAUGCAUGAUGUCAACUUGCGAGGAGCCUAAUGAAUAAAUGUUCAUGAUCAUCAAGUUAAUCGUGCGAUCACGGUACGGGCUUGUACGAUAUAUAAGUAGGUUGUUAAGUGUGUGGUUUAAUGUAAUGUGUGUGUAGAAUGGACAUGUCAUAGAAAUGUGUGUUGGUGUGGAUGCCCUGCAGCGAGCAGUCACGAGUAUAUAUACCUGAUUGUGACAAAUAAGCUUGCGGUGAGCUGUGGAUCUGUGGUCAGUGGGUGCCAGAGUGAUUUGUAGCUUAAAAUGGCAUCUGCCAGAUUACUUCUCCACUUCCUUUUUUUUGCACUUUUUUCUUCAUUAAUUUGCAUCAGAUUGUU